ACUAAACAGGAAAGCAUUUGUCACUCCGAAAGGUAUCUCGUAACGUCAACACAGCUAAGCUGACAAGUGGCAUUUGGAAUCUGUAAUUCACUUACAAGGAGCUGACCAGCACAAGCAAACAAAAACGAGGAGCCCCCUUUACAGAUGCUCGAGUGGACGCCUUUCUUACACACAACAGUCGACGGGAAACUACUACUCAGCCUCAAGUCAUAUUCGAGGUGCCAGGAAGACGUAUGCGCAUCAAACCCGUGUGUCUGCGUAGUUGAGCUCAAGAACAAGUCAAGGAAGAAUGACGGCACUAAAAUGGAGAAGCGGGAGUGAAAUCCAGGUUAUCACUUGGUCGACGUUCCAUCUGGUGGUGCUGAUACCCGGUUUCCCAAAAGGCUGCCAAGAGAGACGACCCGGAUACUUCGCUCUCAAACAAGCACUUGCAUUUAACGAGGCGAUGGAUGGCACAUCGCCCUCUCGCGCAAGUUGAGAUCCGGAUAAGCUACUUUGGUGCUCCACCUUUUACGUUGCGAACAGAUCAUGUUGUAAGGUGGUCAACGAGGCACGUUGCUGUUGUUUCAGUAGGUGAUUAAACUAAGCACGUGAAUUUGCUCCACCGGAGCGCCGGAGUGCCAAGCGUAUAUAUCUUUGUUUUGCAAGUUGCUAGAUUUUCUUAUCUCAUCUACUGCACCAGGUGGAUUUUUACUUGGUGCUUGAGCCAACGAGCUUUUCGUGGUGGCUCUGAUCCAUUCGCAUCCGGGAUGGAGUGUGCAAAGGCGGCGCAUGCUGGUUUUUUGGGGGCGAGGCUGGGUGGGAUUGGAUCGAAGCAGUUCCUCGCUGCUCCAGGGGUCUACUCGCUGAGGAGGAGAAAAAGACUCGCGACUGGUGCAAGGCACAUUGACAGCAGCAGCGGCAACAGCUCGAGAAAUGUUCGCGCUGGCACAGCUACGAGGGAGAAUUUCUUAAGUCAGGCUCAGGUGAUCUCUUCGGAGGAGAGUUUGGACUUUACGGAUCCUUCCUCGGCUGCUCUAGCUGCUCGCGAGUGGGCCGUGUCCACUGCUCCAGGCUUGUCGCUGCUGAGCUCGGAAAGGAUAAAGGUGGCUGCAAUGCUAGCCUUUGGGAUGGGACUUUGCAAUGCAGUUCGGGUGAUCAUGUCUGUAGCUAUUGUCCCUCUCUCAGCUACUCACAACUGGAGCAGCGGCUUUGCAGGAAUUAUUCAGUCUUCCUUUCUGUGGGGAUAUUUGUUGUCACCAAUUCCCGGUGGAGCUCUAGCAGAUAGAUUUGGCGGAAAGAGCGUUAUGGGAUGGGGGGUUUUCUUCUGGUCCAUAGCUACGCUUAUAACUCCCUGGGCAGCUUCUCGGUCUCUGGGUUUGCUUUUAGCAGUGCGUGUAUUUAUGGGCCUGGCAGAGGGAGUAGCAAUGCCUAGCAUGAACAACAUGGUCUCCAGAUGGUUUCCGAGCUCCGAGCGAGCAAAAGCCGUCGCGAUUGCGAUGGGGGGUUUUCACCUCGGAAACGUUUCCGGCCUUCUCCUCACACCGAUACUCAUGUCGAGGUUCGGCAUUGAUGGCCCGUUCUACGCAUUUGGGACGGUGGGACUGGCCUGGCUUUCGCUUUGGUACAUGCAUAUCUCGAAAGACCCGCAAAACCACGGGACGAUCACUAGGAACGAACUUCUCUUCAUCCAGAAUGGAACUGACAAGAGGAAAGUGACGGCUCGGGUGGGUAUGCCACCAUUCCGACUGCUGCUAUCAAAACUUCCGAGCUGGGCUAUCAUAGCUGCCAAUGCUAUGAACAACUGGGGCUAUUUCAUUAUCUUGACAUGGAUGCCCGUCUACUUCAAUCGAGUUCUGGGGGUCAAUCUUAAGCAAGCCGCGUGGUUCAGCGCAGUUCCAUGGGCGACAAUGGCUGCUUCCGGCUACUUUGCUGGAGCUUGGUCCGACCUGAUGAUCUCGUCGGGCAUGCGCGCCUUGACUGUUAGGAAGAUCAUGCAGUCCAUUGGUUUUCUGGGCCCUGCGGUUGCACUGAUUGGAUUAAACUCUACUCGACACCCGGCGAUCGCUUCUACGUGGCUGACAAUCGCGGUUGCCUUGAGUGCCUUCAGUCAAGCUGGUUAUUUGGUGAACUAUCAGGAGAUCGCACCAAGCUACGCAGGAGUUCUUCACGGCUUGUCAAACACGGCAGGAACAUUCGCGGCCAUCGUGAGCACGGUGGGAACUGGCUACUUGGUCCAGUGGCUUGGAUCGUUUCAAGCAGUUUUGCUACUUACGUCGGGCAUGUACAUUGUGAGUACGCUGUUUUGGAAUUCUUGUGCCACGGGAGAGAAAAUCUUUGACUAGAGAGACUAGAGCUCAUUCGUAGGCACUGUACAAAAGCAUUCUUGGAAGCUCCAAAAGCUAUAGAGUUUUUGGGCCGAGGGUUUUUCUUAUGUUCCCAAAAAGUAUCUGUACCGUACAGAAGAUGAAAAUCACAAAUCCAUCUCACUUGUUUCAA